AUGUCUAUUCCAAUAUUAAAUUAUGCAUUUUCUACUCAAAAUCAAAGAGUAGAUGGUUUUGAAUAUUUGCCUGGAGAAGAACAGCCUAAAAUAUAUACAACAGAAAAUUUACCAACUGCUUAUGAGAUGGAUGAAAUUAUAUGGAGUGGUUAUCGUCAAAUAUUUAGUGAGCAUCAAAUUUUAAGUAGUACAAAUGAACCUUUUUUAGAGUCUCAGUUAAGAUUUAAUCAAAUAACAAUUAAAGAUUUUAUUAAAGGAUUAUUAUUAUCGCAAGCAUUUCGUAAUUUAAACUAUGAUGUAAAUAAUAAUUAUAGAUUUGUAGAAAUGUGUAUACAAAGAGUUUUAGGUCGUGAUAUUUAUAAUGAAAGAGAAAAACUGGCAUUUUCAGUAUUAAUAGGAUCAAAAGGAUUAGAAUUCUUUGUUGAUGUUUUAUUAAAUAGUGAUGAAUAUGUAGACAAUUUUGGAGAUAAUACGAUACCUUAUCAAAGAAGGCGUAUAAUUGCUCAAAGGAGUAAAGGAGAAAUCCCUUUUAAUUUAAAGACGCCUCGUACAGGUAAAGAAUUUUUAAUGAAGCAAGAAAGGCCUCAGUUAUUAUGGGCGGGUUCUAUACGGAAGUUUAGACCUCAAGAGCAAUCUCCUAAAGCCGGUGAUCCUGCUUUGUUUUUAAAUAUGGUAACAGAUGUAUCUCCAAUAUCCUUAGGUUAA